AUGGACACCUACUUCAAUCCAGAUAAGCAAAUCGACAGAUAUGACCUUGACACUACAACGUUUGAUGUCGUGGACAUGAACCUGUUCUAUAAUAAUAACUUUUCCACUAUCCUUUCGUUUUUAUAUGAGUGGUGUAUGCUACUCCUUGCACUUGCAUUGAUAGGUUCGGAUAUAUACACAUGUUUGAUGAUCUUGGUGUUCCAUAAAUGGGGCAGUAACCUGUACGAGCCAUACGCAUACUCCGUGGCGAAGUGGAUCUUUACGGGUUGCAUAUUGUUUCAGUUUGUUCUAAUUCUAUACCACUGGAUAUGGGCCAUCAAAACGUUCAAAACAAGAAACAUUGCUCUUGUCUAUGUUAACCACUUUGCCAAAAUGCUCUAUACGCUCAAGUCCUAUAAAUUUCAUUGUUUGUUCUUCAAGAUUGAACAAGAUAACUUCUUCGACUGGGCAUGCUUUUUGAGUUACAACGAAUUGGACAAUGCAUUACAGGUUCUUGUCGCUGACGCUCCAAGACAAGUUAUCAAUAUUUUAACAUUAAGAUACUAUGCUACCGGAGAAGAUACACUGAACGAUAUCAUAUCAAAUAUUAAAGAAAUAGCCACCACCAACUUAAAGCUUUCCAUCAUUUUGUCAUUCAUGUGCUUGUCGUUCGUAAUUUGGUGUAUUUUCUUCUUCAAGUUUUGCUUGGGGAUGAUAUUCUUCUUCCCUGUCUAUUUUGGGGUGAAAAAGAGAGGUUAUUCGCUGUUGAAGAAGUACUGUUGUCACCUUGUUAACCAGAGAGUGAGGAUGCUAGUCAGAAAGUACCACAAGAGUAAGAAGGCGUUGCUUAGCGAGGGUAUCCUUGAUAGAGACGAAAUCGCCCGAAAUCCAUUACUCCACUCUACUAGCACUUUCAAUGGUACAUUCGAUGGUUAUAAUGCCAGUAUUGACGAUUUCAAGGAGAACCCUUUUGCUGAUAGGUUCAAGAGGUCUGACUUUGAAUACCAUCAACUUGUUCCACGGAAGGAUUCUAGAUCUGAUCUUACGUAUGCUUCUGAUGCAAAGUUGCCCACAACUUCUUUAAAUAUGGCUCCCUUGAGGAAGGCUCCAACACAGCCAUUGCCAGCGACUACUGGUAUGAUGCAUAGGUCAGAUGCGGCCCCUGGGCAGCUCUUCCAAAAUCCUUUUGAAAGUAGGGAAAAUCUUAUGAACAGCACAGACUCGUUGGUUUCGGAUCUGGGUAAACAACGCCAGCUAGUCUCACAACCGUACGAGCCCUAUAGACCUGGUCACGUAGCUUCACAGGAUCGUUUGGGCUCAGGAAUAGCGUCCAAUGCGGCAACUGUAUCUCAGUCGUCCAUGCCACCAACUAAGCACUCAUAUCAAUCUCAGUACAGGCCCGAGCAGUUUGAACAAUUUCACCCAACUGAUCAGGAAUCAUCAUUCUCGGUAGAUACCCCGUUAGUGAAAGAUUCUGAGCAUUUCGAAACAAAAUCUACAUACUCUGAACUGUUACUUGAAGGAUAUUCGGGAGCACCUUCGCAACCCCAUGUGCCCUACUCCCAGAAGUAUGGGAAUUCGGGAUCAACCUUAAAGUUGAACGUGGGAGUUGAUGAACCACUUCCAUACCCGGCAAGAGGAUCAUCCGUCUUGGACAAUUUCGAUUACUCAGCAAACUUGGCCGAUUACAGAAAAAGGGAAGACAGUAAUGAUAUUACAAGUGAAAACAAUUACAGCAUGGACAGUCUAACUAGAAUCAAUAAGGAUAGAUAG